AUGUGGCUUUACCUCAAAGAUAAAUUCAUUAUUUCAAAUGAGGCCUGGCAUGAAAUUGCCAUUAAGGCUAAUGAUCUCCCCAAUAUAUAUUCCAUCAAGAAGCGAAUUAAUGAGCUAAACAGUGAAUGGAACUUGAACCCAACACCAGGAGAUGCUGAAGGUGUUCAGUUAGGAUUUGCAGAAAGAUUGCAAAAGCACAUUGUUAGGCUUCAGAAGAAUGGAGAAAUCAAUGAUGGAGAAACUAUUAAGAUCAAGCUUAGUGGUGAUGGUACAAAUAUUGGAAAGGGGCUUACAGUUGUCAACUUCACUUUUACUAUUCUCCAUGAAAAGGAUGUGGCAAUGCGUGAGAAGGGAAAUUAUAUACUUGCUGUUAUAAAAUCUAAAGAGACAUAUGAUAAUCUGAGAGACAGCCUAGCAGACCUUCGAAUGGAAAUGUCAAACUUAAAGGAGAUAAGUGCAAAUAAUUGCACCUAUAAAAUUGAAUACUUUUUACGUGGAUAUUUGAAAUUUUUAGCACUGGUAUGUGGUUUAGGCAGGGCAAAUGAGGAUUAUGCUUGUGUGUGGUGCAAGUGUCCCAGGGAGCAAUGGUGGGACACAAGCAAAACAUUGUCAAUUAAUGACCCCAAAUUUGGUGCUAGAACUGUCACCGAAAUAGCAAGGUUUUCCACUGGAAGGAAAUUAAACUGUAAGGCACAACCAUUAUUUGAUUUUAUACCUAUGGACCUUGUCAUCAUAGAUACAUUACAUUUUUUUCUGAGGAUUUCAGAUGUUUUGAUUAACUUGUUUACAAGAAAAAAAACCUCUGAUAGAUUCCCAAGAGAUAAAUAUAAACACAUGGCAUGUUAUGAAGAAUUUAUCAAAAGUAUGGGAAUCACUUUUAAUUUUAGAAUCAACAAAGAGAGCAAAAAGCUGGAAUAUAGAGAUCUUACUGAACCAGAAAAGUUGAAACUCUUUCAGAAUAUAAAAAUUCUGACCUAUGCUUGUCCCUCUUUGCAGUCAAAACAAAGACAUACAAGUGAUCUGGGCUAAAUUUAUGGACAUAAUUGGUGAUUUGAGGCUAGAUUUUACAUCUGAAGAGGGUAUUCUUGAACUGCAAGGAAAUAGCAAAUCAUGGUUUGAGCACUUUCUCAAAGUUUACCAAGCAAAAGAUGUCACUCCCUACAUGCAUGCACUAUGA